CCCUGCCUAACCUGUUUUGGCUGACCCCCGAACUCCUGCACCCCGAGUCGGGUCCGGGCGAGGAGAUCCACAGGGUUUUUCGGGCGAGUUUGGGGCCCAGGGCAGGGAGUACGCGGGUCAACUCAGCAGACGUAAGGCGGUGAGUGAACCUCACUUCAGCCAGCGACACUCGGCCUCAACCCGAGUCGCUGCCCUUACCCAAGAUGGCGGACCAUACCGCUUCCGUCGCAGCUGUAGCCGCUUCCUGCGACCGGCCCGCGUUCAAUCAGCGGCCGACAACUAUCUAGGGCUGAGACAUCACCAGCCAAUGAGGGAGGGCAGCGUGGAGCCGCCCGUCUGGGCUCCGCGGCUCGUGGACCAAUGGGGUAGUGGCGUGUGGGAGGGCACGGAGGCCCAUCUGCCAAUGAGGAGCUACGGCGCGCGACCGGGACUUGGAGGCGGUGCGGCGCAGCGGGUGCGGUUCAGUCGAUCAUCGGCGGCGGCGGAGGAGGAGUAGGAUGUGGGCCACGCAGGGGCUGGCGGUGGCGCUGGCUUUGAGCGUGCUGCCGGGCAGCCGGGCGCUGCGGCCGGGCGACUGCGAAGUUUGUAUUUCUUAUCUGGGAAGAUUUUACCAGGACCUCAAAGACAGAGAUGUCACAUUCACACCAGCCACUAUUGAAAACGAACUUAUAAAGUUCUGCCGGGAAGCAAGAGGCAAAGAGAAUCGGUUGUGCUACUAUAUUGGGGCCACAGAUGAUGCAGCCACCAAAAUAAUCAAUGAGGUAUCAAAGCCUCUGGCCCACCACAUCCCUGUGGAGAAGAUCUGUGAGAAGCUUAAGAAGAAGGACAGCCAGAUUUGUGAGCUAAAGUAUGACAAGCAGAUCGACCUGAGCACAGUGGACCUGAAGAAGCUCCGAGUUAAAGAGCUGAAGAAGAUUCUGGAUGACUGGGGGGAAACAUGCAAAGGCUGUGCAGAAAAGUCUGACUACAUCCGGACGAUAAAUGAACUGAUGCCUAAAUAUGCCCCCAAGGCAGCCAGUGCACGGACUGAUUUGUAGUGUGCUCAAUCUCUGUUGCACCUGAGGGGGAAAAAAACAGUUCAACUGUUUGUUUGUUCCCAAAACAGCCUUUUUGUAAUUUAUUUUUUAAGUGGGCUCCUGACAAUACGGGAUCAGAUGUGAAGCCUGGAGCUUUCCUGAUGAUGCUGGCUCUACAGUACCCUAAUGAGGGGCUUCCCUUCCUUCUGUUGCUGGUAUACUCAAGGACUUCAAAGUGUGUCUGGGAUUUUUUUAUUAAAGGAAAAAAAAUUUCUAGCUGUUCUUGGAGAAUUAAAGUGAGUACUGAAA